AUGGAGUCUCACUUGACAAGAAGACAGCCAACGACUGUUGUGCAAUUUCCCAUGGCAACUUCCAUAUCCCGCAUCAAGCCAAUUGCUCUCAUUGGUAUUGCGCUGUUAGGAAAGUGCAUUUUAGAAGUUUGGAAUCAUGGAUCUACAUUACAGCCAUGUAAAUGCCCUCUUUGUUGUCGCCACAUUACUUUGUUGGUUCCUAGCAAGGAAUCCUAUCAGCAAGCUGAUAAUCCCGAAGCUUCUGAGAUUAUAAGAAAGAUUGAAUCUUAUAACCGAAUCUUUGGUUCACAUUCAACAGGACUAAGCCAGGUGGCAUUGCAAACAUGGUGA